AAACAAGGAACUGUCAAUCAAACAAACGUUUGGCCAUGAGCUAGCGUUUGCGUUAAGAAAACAAGAAUUAUAAAGGUCCGUGUUAUGGGGGGUGUAAAGCAAGAGCAAAGUGAUGCACCUGCAUCUAAAGACUCUCAAUACACUGACUCAGCACAGGAGGAGAACAACCAAUUAUCUCAGCCUGUAAAGAAGCGAGGCUGGCCGAAGGGGAAGAAGAGAAAGAAGGUUUUGCCUAAUGGCCCCAAGGCUCCGGUUACUGGAUACGUGCGUUUCCUGAAUGAGAGACGGGAACACAUCCGAGCCCUUCACCCUGAUCUUCCCUUUCCAGAAAUCACCAAGAGACUCGGAGCAGAAUGGAGCCGCUUGGCCCCUCAUGACAAACAACGGUACUUGGACGAAGCUGAAAGGGACAAAAUGCAGUACGCACAAGAACUUAAGGAGUAUCAAAAGAGUGAAGCUUACCAGAUUACAUGCACUAAAGUUCAGGACAAGAGAAUAAAGAGAGAGGAGACCUCUGUCAUAAUCAAUGCCAACAGUUCCGGAUCAGCAAGUUUUAAGCCUGGCUCACUCAAAUCACCUUUUCUUCAGAGUUCAGACUUCUCCCCCAGAUUUGAUGUCCCUAUUUUCACAGAAGAAUUUCUGGACCAAAACAAAGCACGAGAAUCAGAGCUGCGACGAUUGCGCAAAGCCAAUGUCGAGUUUGAGGAACAGAAUGCGGUGCUGCAGAAGCACAUUGCCGAUAUGUUUAGCGCCAAAGAGCGACUGGAAGCGGAGUUGGGCCAGGAUGAACUGCGCACACAGUCUCUACAGCGCCACCUUCAGGCAAUUAAACAGACACUCGUCAGCAGCCUGGCCACUGUGCCCCUACCAGGCACGGGUGAGACCCCAUCUAUUGGAACGCUGGACUCAUACCUGAGUCGGUUGAGUAGUACUUUGGAAAGCAGGCCUCACGAGCAUCACUCCUUAGUCAUCAAGCUACAAGAGCUCCUAGCUCACCUAGACAGUGAGAAGCUUUGAAAAAAAAAUGUUUACAGCUGUGAUCGUGAUGGUCUGGAACUCCCAUGCACUGGCUUGAACGUUUCUGCCUCACAACAUGUAUCAGACAGUGCAAUACAGUUUAAUGGACAUUUUUCAAAAGGGUAAAUGGCCUGUAUGCCAAUUUGUAUUUUAAACUUUUUGACAUUAAUUACUUAAUACAUCAGAUUCUUACAAUUCUUGGAUGGUUUAACAUCAAGCUACAAUUUGUCAGUAAUAUUCUCUUUACUAACAUAUAGUAAUGUGAUAUGCAUCUUGUAUUGGUUCACCUGAACCCUUGCUGAAUGCGUUAUUUUCAGGGGUUACAUGAAGCUCAUGUGCCAUGGUUUUUACUGGUACUCUAAACUAUGUAAGUAACAUUUAUUUUCCGACAUCAAAAUUUGCUGAUCAAUUUAGGUUAUAUUUCCCUUUGAACUGUUAGCAUCCCGAAGGGUGAUUCAUCCUAGCAUUAAGAUAUUUUGGGUAUCAGAGUUUACACUGCGUUUGUGAUGUACCGGAAUGGAUUUCUUUUUUUAUUAUUGUUUGAAUGUUAUUUUAAUAUGGAAUACACUUGUUUUGGUAAGGGAGAAAUAAUAAAAUCUGGCAACAAUUAGUCUGUUAACCUUCUUUUUCAUGAGUGCUUUAGUAAUCUUGAGAUAUAUAGAUACACUUUUUCUUUGAUACACUUCACAUUCUUUUCUACUUUAUUUAAAUGCGUCAUUUGUAUCCAGUAGAGGGUGGCAUUGACCACAUCACAAACAAGUCCUAUGGUCAAAAGAAAAAAGGGAGCGAUCCCUUGUGUAUUAUGUUUUGAUAAAUUAAAAAUACAUGAUACAUUUGAUUAAUUAAAAACAAUGUUCUUCAGACCUCAGUUUCCUGUCCAUUUUUUUUUUGGGUGCUGAAAGCUAAACACAAAAUUGCAAGCAUGUUUGCGUUGCUAUAAUCAUGUACAAUUAUAUUAUAAUUGCCCCUCAGCAAAAAGGUAUAAAGCCAUUUCUUUAUUUCAAAUAAAAUGUAUACUACUAUGUAUAAAUCAUGGUUUUGAAAUUGGCCCUUAGGCUUCAUGUUCUGUUGCAAUUGAAUUUAGGGUCCCAGAGACCCCAAUGCUAUGUGUGUAAAAGGACACGUUUAUUUCAAAAUGAUCCUAUUAUUUUACCUUCAGAUUCUUUAAAUGUUCCUGUUUGACCUACUUGGUUCGCAGAAAUGAUAGAACUUUAACCCUCUGUUGAAUCACAAAGUACAAGUCAUUACUUUUAAUUAAAUUGUAGAAAGUUUUAACUAGUAAUUUAAUGUCUUUCAGAUUGUUUCAGUGAACAUCAUUUAGUUGGAUUAGGUCAGAUUAACUCAAUUAGGUUCAUCCAACUCCCCGUAGUUUAGCUGCAGCUCACUGAAUGGUGUUUUUUUUUUUUUUUGUUUUUGCUCCAUUCUGAGUAAACUCUAGAGACUGUUGUGUGAAAUCUCAGGAGAUCAGCAGUUACAGAAAUAUUCAAACCAGCCCAUCUGGCACCAACUAUUGGAAUGACCUACAGAAAACACUUAAACUACAGUGUCUAAUUUCCUUAAAUGAUUUUAAAGUUUAUGUUAAAACUAUAGAACAUGAGUCCAUCCACACGUGCAAAUGUUUUAAUUAAUGGCACUUUUAUUUAAUUGAAAUGCACUUGAGUUGUCUUUGCCUCUUUUGUGUUUGUUUUGUGAUUGUGUGAUCUAAUUUGUUCUGAUAUCUUGGCCAGGUCUCUCUUGAAAAAG